AUGCAGACAUCAUGCAGGAUGGACCGUGCAAAGAAGUGGCUUGGGCUAAGCAUAUCUUUAAGUUUUUGCUUAAUGAUGAACCUCAUUACAGUUGUAUUUUGCGGGAGCAGCCGACCACCCAGCAAAAGCCGAGGAGAUAGUCUGUCGGACAGCUUGCUUCUUCAUCAGCGCAUGAAGAGGAGCUGGGUGUGGAACCAAUUCUUUGUUUUGGAAGAAUACACUGGGACGGACCCCUUGUAUGUGGGAAAGCUCCACUCUGAUAUGGACAGAGGUGAUGGAUCCAUCAAAUAUAUUCUAUCAGGAGAAGGAGCAGGUGUUGUAUUUACCAUCGAUGAUACUACUGGAGAUAUCCAUGCCAUCCAGCGGCUAGACCGAGAAGAGAGAUCCCAGUAUACCCUAAGGGCUCAAGCUUUGGAUAGACGGACAGGCAGACCAAUGGAACCAGAAUCUGAAUUUAUCAUCAAAAUCCAAGAUAUCAACGACAAUGAACCCAGAUUCCUGGAUGGACCAUAUGUUGCCUCAGUACCAGAAAUGUCACCAGUGGGCACUUCCGUUAUCCAGGUGACAGCAACAGAUGCCGAUGACCCUACCUAUGGGAACAGUGCCAGAGUAGUCUACAGUAUUCUUCAAGGACAGCCAUAUUUCUCUGUGGACUCCAGAACAGGCUUAAUUAGGACAGCGCUCAUGAACAUGGAUAGAGAAGCAAAAGAAUAUUAUGAAGUGAUUAUCCAGGCCAAAGAUAUGGGUGGACAGCUGGGAGGAUUAGCCGGAACUACUACCGUCAAUAUCACGCUCUCAGAUGUCAAUGACAAUCCACCCAGGUUCCCACAGAAACAUUAUCAGAUGACCGUAUUAGAGUCUGCUCCCAUCAGCUCGACUGUGGGCCGUGUUUUUGCUAAAGACUUGGAUGAAGGCAUUAACGCUGAAAUGAAAUAUAGUUUUGUGGAUGGAGAUGGAUUGGAUGUAUUUGAUAUUACCACUGAUCCUAAUUACCAAGUUGGCAUCAUCACAGUGAGAAAGCCAUUGAGCUUUGAAAGUAAGAAAAGCUACACUUUAAAAGUAGAAGGUGCCAAUCCACACUUGGAGAUGCGCUUCCUGAACCUAGGCCCGUUCCGCGACACUACGACCGUGCAUAUCAGUGUGGAAGAUGUGGAUGAGCCGCCCCUGUUUGAGCCUAGCUUUUAUUUUGUGGAGGUACCUGAAGAUGUGGACAUUGGGACCACCAUACAAAUGAUUUAUGCCAAGGACCCUGAUGUGACCAACAACUCAAUCAGAUAUUCCAUUGACCGAAGCAGUGAUCCUGGGCGCUUCUUUUAUGUUGACAUUACUACUGGUGCUCUAAUGACUGCAAGACCUCUGGAUCGGGAAGACAUUUCAUGGCACAAUAUCACCAUCCUGGCCAUAGAGCUGAACAACCCUUCACAAGUUGGCCGUGUUUCAGUUACAAUAAGAGUCCUGGAUGUGAAUGACAAUGCUCCAGAAUUUUCCAGAUUCUAUGAGGCUUUUGUAUGUGAAAAUGCAAAAGCUGGACAGCUGAUUCAGACAGUAAGUGCGGUAGACCAGGAUGACCCACCAGAGGGACAGCACUUCUACUAUAGCUUGGCUCCUGAGGCAGCUAACAACCCCAAUUUUACUCUAAGGGACAAUCAAGACAACACAGCUUGGAUUCUAACCAGGAGAUCAGGCUUCCGGCAGCAUGAGCAGAAUACCUUUUACCUUCCGAUCUUGAUAGCUGAUAACGGACAUCCCAUGCUGAGCAGCACUGGGACGGUAACCAUUCACGUCUGCAACUGUGAUGACAAAGGCCUUCUGAUGUCUUGCAAUGCAGAGGCCUACGUACUUCCAGUCACGCUGAGCAGAGGAGCACUUAUUGCCAUCCUAGCCUGCAUUUUUGUCUUGUUAGUGCUGGUGCUGCUCAUCUUAUCCAUGAGAAGGCACAGGAAACAGCCAUAUAUCAUUGACGAGGAGGAGAACAUCCAUGAAAACAUUGUCCGCUACGAUGAUGAGGGGGGUGGGGAGGAAGACACAGAGGCCUUUGACAUUGCGGCCCUGUGGAACCCCAGAGAGGCCCAAGUGGCCAUGAAGAGCAGGCAGGACAUGAUGCCGGAAAUCGAAAGCCUCUCCAGAUAUGUUCCCCAGGCCUGCACAAUGGACAGUAGUGUCCACGGCUACGUGUUGGCCAAGCUCUACGAAGCCGACAUGGACCUCUGGGCGCCCCCCUUUGACUCUCUCCAGACCUAUAUGUUCGAAGGCAACGGCUCAGUGGCAGAGUCCCUCAGUUCCUUGCAGUCUGUAACUACGGACUCCGAACAGAGCUACGACUAUCUGACAGACUGGGGGCCUCGCUUCAAGAAACUGGCUGAAAUGUAUGGAGCCACAGAAGGAAGCGGGGCCCUUUGGUAA